AUCUUCGAGACGUAUCGUGGGAUGGCGCACCGCUUCGAGCGUUUCUCCUGGCGGAGCGGCCAAGAGCUGCUGAAGAAGGCGAAGAUCGAAGAGGUUCGGCCUGGAAGGAAACUGCGGGUCUUGAGGCAAGAGCCAACAGAGAAGAUGCCGACCCUGCUGUUGGUACAUGGCAGUGCUGCAUCUUUGACUCAAUACCUACCUCUUGCAGCCGCUUUGAAUGAGACACUGGGCUAUGGCAUUGUUUGCUACGACUGGUUGGGCUGCGGCGGAAGUGAGAAACCGGACGAUUGGUACGCUUAUGCCUUUGAUGAAUUGCUGAAAGACCUCAUUGCAAUUUGGCAAGAUCUGAGAUGGCCAGGGCCAUACAUUGUCGUGGGACAUUCUUUUGGCAGUCACCUGGUCUUGAGACUUGCAGCUUCCUCUCCUUCAAUGACUGGCUUGGUUCUGCUGGGAGCUGCGAAGCGAUUUCCUGAAGGUCAUCCGAUCUUCCGACUGCCAGUUUUCUUGUUGCGAUGGCUUCAGCCAACUCUCACAAAGGCAUUUUUAGAGAUGGCCUUGGUCUCCAAAGAUCCGGAGCUCAUUCGACAGGAAACUGACGCCUGCAAUGCCAAUCCCAUGUCAAUGUGCAAAGCAUACUACCGGCAAGUGCGGAAUGCCACUGAUGCCGAGAUAGCCGAGUGCAGCAAGCUGCGAGUCUUGCUGAUUCGAGGAGAUGGAGAUGGUAUCGUUUCAGCAUCUGACAUGGAAGCCUUGGCCCAAGCGCUGCCAAAAUCAACUUCUGCCACGGUCGCAAAUGCCGGCCAUGUACCGAUGCUCGAGGAGCCUGGCAGAGUGGCAGUUCCUUGGCACAAGUUGACUCAGUUGACUCAGGAAAAAGUCAAGACAUGUGACGUGUGACGUUUAGAUGAGACGUUUGUGUUGUUUGGAUGACGGGGUAGAGGUGGACACUGAUGUUGCUCCCAAUUUGUGCUUGGACCAUUUGAAUCGUUUUGAUAAAACAUGAUAAAACCACAUGACCAUUGUGUUUGUUCGUUUUCGGGGGUGUUUUUCUGUCUCCGCACAGAACACUCUGCCAGGAGCUCAUUGAAGAAUUUGUGUCCGUUCAAUGAAAACUGACGCACUUGCUAUCACUCCUUAACCGGUUGCGCCUCGGAAUUGUUUGCAGACCUCUUGGCCCUCAACAGAACUGACUGGGACGGAGGUAUCCGGAGGAUAGGAUUCAUGGUGAGAUGUGAAGAGCACUUUGGCUUAGCUAAA